AUGCAUAGCAUGCAAGGAAACCAAAGAACCUACAGUAACUGGAGGCUUACUGUCAAGAACCGCUUCACUGCACAGCUAAAAGAUGAGUCAAAGCUCCCUGCUCCAUGUGCACUGUGGCCCGUGGAGCUGAAGCUGACUCACAUUGACUUCAGUCCUGAGGACACACUGGUACACUUUCAGGGUCAAUAUAUGACCAUCUGUGAAUUAGACUACGACAUUCUACAAGUUGAAAUUCAGAAUGCUGUGAAAACUCAAGCUUCUGUUCAAGUUGGAGAACUUUGUCUGGUAAAAGAUGCCCAGUCUGGUCGCUGGUACAGAGGAAGAGUCCAGAACCAACAGGGAGAUUCGUUUCAUGUGUUUUUGCAAGACCAUGGAGAUAUAUUGACUGUUGGGUCCAGCCACUUGUCCCCUAUAUCCGAAACUCUGCUAAUGCUCCCACCAAAGGUUGUCUGCGGUUUCUUUGCCAAUACUCUGCCAGUCCAGGAGCAAUGGAGCAGUUCAGCAGAGAAUUAUUUGUUGUCCUUGAUAGGCAGCCAGAUCAAAGGAUACAUCCACGCACUUCUGCCAUUCCAAGUCCUCAUACUUGAGGUGCCAGAGAUUAAUAGGGACUUACUGAAACUAAGGCAAGGGAGACACAUAGAUACCAGUACAUUUCUGUUACUGGUUGAGAUGCUUAUAGAGGUACCCGUUCAGCAAAUCAAAGAGUCUGUCCCUGAUUUGUUGAUUGACAAGCAAACAGGACAAGAAUAUUGCUUCAAAUCUUCAAGCGUGAUAGGAUUUGAAGAGAUUCUUUCACUUAAUGGCCUAAAGCUGAAAGUUGGUCAGAAGGUACAAGUUGCUGUAACGGCAGCUGUAAACCCUGGCUUAUUUUACUGUCGCUUAUCAUCCAUGGGAAAAGACCUGCAAGAAAUGUCAGACAAAUUGGCUCUUGCAUGUGAGCCAGGUAGUGGUUACUUGAGCAAUAAACCACUUGAAAAUCUCGGGUUACUCUGUGCAGUGAAAGGGAAGGAUGAAAAAUGGCACAGAGGUUUUGUGCAAUGCCUACCUGUCAACUCUCAAGUCCGAGUUGUGUUUGUUGACAGUGGAUAUUGUGAGUCAGUGAAACUUGAAAACAUCCUUCAGCUACCAUUAGAAUUCCUCUCGACACCAAUCAUGGCUUUCCCAUGUUCACUUUCAUGCUUGGCUGAACAAGAUGAUACCAUUAAAAACCAGCAACUAGAGGCUCUCAAGAGUGCUUUGUUGGGAAAGUCUCUUGAGGUUGGAAUAAAUGACAUUUGCAAAGAUCAGAACUUCUACUUGGUCACCUUGAGCACUGUUGAGAAGCAUUCAGAGAAGCAAGUUGAAGAUUUUGGUAAAUCGUUUGGAAGUGACGUUUUUGAGAGCAAGCCCAGUGUUCCUCAUGACAUACUUUCAAAGUGGUACACUACAAAGACGAAAAAGAUUCAAAAGUCUGAUUCUGUUCCUCUGGAAGCAAUCAAGGAGGGCUCAAUACUUGAGGGAUAUGUGGUGCAUGUGCAGAAUCCAAAACAUUUCUGGAUACGAACGAAAGAACAAAAUCCAAAUUUUGAAAGCAUGAUGAAGGAAAUGACUGAAUACUUCAGCACAGUGCAGCUGCACGAGGAGGUUUUUGAAGACCCAGUACCUGGUGCACUUUGCGGUGCGAUGUACGAAAAAGACAUGCAUUACUACAGGGCUCUCGUAGUAGACACUUUGGAAAAAGGUGCUGAGGUGUUUUUCAUUGACUUCGGGAACACUGAAAAGGUGCCAGCCAUGUUAAUCAAGAAACUUCCCAAGAAGUUUGCCAUUGAACCAGAAUUUGUCCUCAACUGUGCUUUGGCGCAUGUUGCUCCGUUUCAGGAUAUUUGGCCGACUGCAUCAUCUGAUUUUUUCAGGCAAGUCACAUCAAACAAAACCCUGUUAGUUCACAUCAUUCACAAGAAAAAUGAUAAAUACAUUGUUGACCUAUUUGAGAAAAGAGCUGAAAAUAAUAAUAGCAUUGCAACAAUCAUGACCGCAGCAAAUAUGGCAGAGUACUGGAGAUACAACCCGGCACUAGUAUCUAUUGAAUUGGAGAAGCAAUGUAAAGACAAGGGGGGAAAUGCUAUGAAGAAAAACAAAAUGAGAAGGGGCCCUCAUGUGGUGAGCUUUUGUAAACGCACGUCUUUAAAGCCAAAUCUUUCACAGAAGAAGCUAGAAUGUGUGCGAGAGAAUAGCACUGAACAAAGUACUCCCAAUGAGGCACCAAAACCAAAGGUCGUUGUCCCUGAGCAUUUCAAAGCAAUCCAUUUUAAACCUGGAUCUGAAGUGAGCGUUGUUUGCUCGCACAUAAAUUCGCCAUCUGAUUUUUGGUGCCAAAACAAGAGCUCGAAAGUCUGUUUGGACAAACUGAUGGAAGAGAUGCAGACGUUCUACCAAACGUACACAGUUAUGCUCGAGGCACACGCAGUAUGUUGUGCUGUGAAAUCUCCACACGAUAACAGGUGGCACCGAGCAUGCAUAUUAGGAGAAGAUAAUGAGAAAUUUAAUGUGAUUCUGGUUGAUUAUGGAAUAUUGAUCAAGGAUAGGAUGCAGAACUUUCGAACUCUUGCACCACAGUUCUUUGAACUAAACGAACAAGCUUUCAGAUGCAGUUUAAACCUGAUUGAACCUGCAGAAGAAAGUUCAUGGAGCACAGAAGCAUGCGAUUUGUUCAGGAAUCUUAUGUCUGGGGAUUCACCCAGUAUGUUAUGCAAAGUUUUUUCCCAGGUUUAUGAGCAAGGAAAAGGUCUCUUCAAUGUGGUUGACAUUCAUACACCCUCUCAGCAGGCCUCUACAUUCCUUGUAGAGAAAGGCGUUGCUGUGAUACAGACUCCGAAGCAACUACUUUCAUCAACGUACCCUCGCUCAUUUGUUUACUCUUCAUUCGGCGUACAUUCUGGAAGCGAAGAAUUGGUGCAUGUUACUAAUGUUUCCAAUCCGUGGGAAAUCUAUUUUCAGCUAGAUAAAAACACUGAGAUCAUUGAUAAGCUGAUGGAGAGAGUUGCUGAAGAAAGUCAGCUCUUGAUUACGACAUCUGACUUGGACAAAGGUAACGUUUGCCUUGCCAAAUACUUUUGUGAUGACCAGUGGUACAGGGCUCGGACACAACCCGUCCAGUCUAAUCAGCAUGUGAGUGUGUUCUUUGUAGAUUAUGGGAAUAAGCAAGUUUCGGAAAAAAAUAAUGUCAUGCCAAUUCCCAGAAGGGCUAUUGAUUUGCUGAUGACGCCCAUGCAAGCUCUGAGAUGCAGUCUUUCAAAUGUUCCUGAGUUUGAGCAUUUACCAGAAGUCAAUGCAUGGCUUGAGACAGCCAUUCUCAACAAGUCAUUUCAGGCCAAGUUUGUGACAAAGGACAAUGGACAUUUCAUCUGUGAUCUUUAUGAUGGAUGUGUGCACAUCAAUGAAAAAGUCAGGGAGCUCAUGGCAAUUCAUGAUUUAAAAGACCGUGAUCCAUUAGACAGCAAGCCUUCUUUCAAAUCCAACAAAGAAAAAGCGGACGGCAGCAGUGUGGCCAGAAUAGUGAAUUCCAAAGAGAACAACCGUGGUAAAAUCAAACAGGGCAGUAAGCAAACUUCGAAACCUGUUAAACCUCCACAACACAAAGGACCAAUUAAACCAACAUCUUGCUCUCCUAAAGUGGUGCAUUCAAACGUAGACUUACCAAAGCUUGGUGAUCUUCCUGAUAUAAAAAUUAAACCUGGUUCUAGAGGUGUAGGCUUCAUCUCUCAUUGCAGUUCUAUUAGAAGUUUCUUUGUUCAAAUGAAAGAUGAUGAACCAAGGAUCCUUCAAAUGGGUGAGGAAAUAAAUGACACUGGCUUCAAAGAGAGUAUGAAAAAUGUGGUAUCAGAAGUAAAAGUUGGGGACCUUGUCGCAGCGGAGUAUGAAGAAGACUUGGCUUUGUACAGAGCUGUUGUCACCACUGUGUCAAGCUGUGGCCACUUGACAGUUGAGUUUGUUGACUACGGUAAUACGGCAACUGUUGACAGAAAGAACGUUCACAUGCUAAUGAGUAUAUUUUUGUCUCAGCCCAGAUUAAGCAUUCCCUGUACGCUUGCAACACCUCACUCUUUUGAAAACGACGAGUCUUUUAUCAAAGAAGCCAUUGGUAAGCCAUUAAUGGUUAAAUUUAUUCACAAGCUUGAAAAUUCAUGGGAAGUGAGCAUUCAGAUUCUUGAGGGCGGCCACACAAACGAGGACUCAAGACGAUAUGAUGUUGAUCAGCAGAUAGAUCUUGCUGUAAUGUUAAACGGUCAAGACAAAUGUGCAACAGUACACCAGGAUAAAAGCAAGAUGUAUGAUUCUUCCACACACAAGACUAAAGAGUUGAACUUCCAGGAAAGGAAAAGUGAACUCGAAAGCAAGUCAAACAUCCAGAAAAGCAAGAGUGAAUCAUCAUCAAAAUGUCAGAAAAAAAAGAAAGCAUCCACUUACUUGCCGACACAUGGUAAACCCAAGGGAUUUUGGAAGAGGAGCUACAAGAAGAAACAAAAUGGCUCAAAGCCAGAGACCUUAGUUAACUUCAAACUACCAUGUGACCCAAGCAUUUCAGUGACCAAAAACUCAGGAAACUCUGGAACACAGGAAUAUGCCUCAACCUUCAAUCCAAAUGCCCUUGAAACCUCUGUAAAGUCACCAGGCAAUGCUAAGCUACCUCAGCAGGAUGGAAAAGAAAAUGAAUCUGUGAAAAAUCUUGAUGUGUUGCUUGUUCUUGAUGACCACUCUCCUGUAUCAAAUAGUUCUUCAGAGAGCAGUUUGGACCUCGAAACUCAGAUGCAUACCCUAUUCCAUGCACCUGUUCAAAUGAACUUUGAAUAUAAAGGAUAUGCAGCGGCAGUCACCACCCCAGCUGAAUUUUACAUUAUUCUGGAGGACCUGCUUUUGAUCUUAGAAACUGUCUCGAGCAUUCUUGAGAAUCUUCCAGAAGUGCUGGUGCCAUUACCAGAGGUUUGUUUAAUUCCUGGUGCAAGCUGUUUGGUGAAAUCAGCAGAGAAGAAAAAGUGGUGCAGAGCUGAGAUAGUGCAGUGCGAUUUUACAUCUGUGCUCAUAAACUUGGUUGACUAUGGACAAUAUGUUGUUGUGUCUCAAAAGGAUAUUUGUCAACUACAAAAACUUCCAGAGGAACUCUCUAGAUUGCCUAAAGUCACCUACCAUUGUUUACUCAGAGGAGUUAAACCCAGCGGUCAGGAUUGGUCUGAUAAUGCCAACGUUUUCUUCCAGUACUUAAUGUGUCAGAGGAACCUUCAGAUACGCUUCCGACAGUAUGUUUCUGAAACACAGUGGGAGGUUGACAUCAUCACAGGAAACCAAAAUCUUGCCAAAGAGUUGGUAGAUGCUGGUCAUGCCACUUAUAUUGAUAAUAUGCUUGGAAUCAGAUUUCAGCAAGAGCUGGGCCCUAAUUGGGACUCGCAAGAAGCCAUCUCAAGCAUUGUGAAUGAUUUGUCAGAAGUUUUAUCCAUGAAAACUGACCAAGCUGCUUCUGUCCUUGGAAAUUCACAAGAGGUCCUUUUAAAGGGGAAUGUGUCAAAUGAAUCCAUGUUUGAUCAAAAAUCAUCUCAAGAUUCUGAAGUGGAGCAAGACACUAUAAACCCUUGGAAAAGCAGUGAUGAUCUUGGACUUAUGAAGAUGGCAAAGCUUGGUCCAGCAUUAGGUAACAAACAAUGUGUGCUGAUGUGAGAACGCUCAUGCUUUUUUCCAAGUUAAGCUUGGCACAGCAUUCCAGGAAUCGUUUGUCACUUUUGGAAUGGCUGGAUUGACAACUUUAUUUUUAUUUUUUUACCUUGCAGUUGUGAGACUCUAUAAGAAGAAUUGUGUUCUGUUGAAAUUGAGUUUUUGUUUUAUGGAAUAUGUUAAGUUUUUCAAAUUGGUCUCAUUAGUCUACAAAUGACUCAUUAUAUUGUUCAAACACUAUUGUCACAAAAGAUCUUAAAAUCUUGAGAUUUUAAAAUCUCUGUCCCAAAUGAGAACAUAGGAGUUGCAUCAUUUUGAUGAUAGAAUCUAGUUUUAUGUCCAAAGAGUGGACUUCAGCUUUUCACACAUCUAUAAACUGACAAAGUCUACAUUUAUGAUGUGAAUGCCUAAUGGAAUAGACA